AGGCGUUUGCGCCAAACAUAUUCACUACGUCGGCCAACGGCGCUCGACGUGACUCUGUCUAAAGUCUUGUUGGAAACUGAGUACGUUACGAACACGAAACCGCAUCAGUUGUUCGCGUAUCACUUAGACAAGGCUAAUUGAAAAUUAUUUGUUUGGCACAUGUCAGACAGCUUUCAAAUAAUAACUGACACACAAAAUUGAAGACAACGUUACUAAACAGUAUUUCAAAAUAUCCACAUACCUCAUUUACCUCAUAUUUCGAUUUAAUAUUUCUAAAGCAAUAGAACUCAAAUAUGGAAACACGAUAAAAUGGUACAACUAAUACAGCAAAAAUUUAUAUCAACUUUGCAAAUUUAAUUUGUUAUUCAACAAAAAUAAGGGUUCACGUAUAGUUUUACCUACUACUAUAAGCUACUAGAAAAAUGUCAAUUAGUCAAAGUGAUCCCGGGUUGCCGGUUAUAGAUCAGCAAAACAAGAAAUUUACUACCAUCAUUAUAUACCCAACGGUAACUCCAGAGAAAAUCAUUAUUCCUAUGGUUUCGUGCAUUUUGGGAUUCCCACUAGUAGUUUUAAUGGUCAUUUGCUGUUUAAGGCGACGAGCCAAGUUGGCCAGAGACCGAGAUCGCAGAAGAAACCUUGGAUUUGCUAGAGCGUGUACAAGUGAUCAAGGAGUAAUAUCAUUAGCCCGAUUUAGUCCAAUGCACAAAAUAGGCGUGUAUUUGGCCGCCGGAGCCAGUGCCAACAGCAUGUCGUCGACAGGCAGCAGUGGCAAUGGAAUGGGUCGCACUCAUCCACUGCGAAGCGAGAGCAGAUCGUACGCGUCGUGUGAUUUGGAUCCGGUGGCCGAAGAACGGAGUGAAAUGGAAACCAGCUGCAGCGGUGCGGUUGACGUAUUGGUGUGUCCGGACAGCUAGCAACACGUUCUGGCCAUCGCUCGGAUAUCGGUGGCCGUACAAACGGACAAGCCUCCGCCACGACCCGCCAGGUCACCACUAUGGAACACGCUCACGAACAAUCCGCCGGACGACGUGCCGCCAUUGAAUAGCUGACAUACACUCAGUGGGCACGAAAAGCCCAAAGCUGUGGCCAUUAUCGAACCUUGAUGGCAAAAGCAACACCGCCAACAAUCGCCCUUUGACCGAUACGCUGUACGAUUAAUUGAAACUGUGUUCAGUUAAUCACAUUGGUGCGCUUUACUACUUUUAAUUUAACGUGAGAAACAUUAUGACAGCUGAAAGGAAUUUUACUGUGUGUGCGUGUGUAAUUACACGUGGAAGCGUACGAAUAUUUUUUUGUAUAUAGGUAAAUGUGUUAUUUAUUUUUUUUGGUAUAUAAUGUGAUAGCUUUAAGCUAAAAAAAGGCCAUGCUCUCGUCAAUUUAAUUAAAUGGAUUUUAGAUUCGAAUAAAAAAUUAUACGCAUUUAAACAAAGAAAAAAAGUUUCACUCUAUACGGAAAAUAUCAACGGAAUCAGUACGUGUCUUGCGAAAUCUCAAAAUCAUACACUUAAAACAAUAUGAGAAUGAUUAUUUUUUGCAUAUUAUUCCUUCCCGUGAUGUAUCAGAUGAACCGCUAAACGCGCAUAACUAUCUUGUCGUACGGAGAUAUAUUUUCAUUUCAAACGCUUGUCGUUCGAUAGGGCUGAAGUUUAUUGCAAAUUCAACAACGUAUUGCAUUCCCACCCUGUCCUCUGUUGACGGUACCGUUUACUUUAAUAGGGAAAAACAUUUCCCCUCGUUUAUCGACCGAAUACCAAAUUAGACUGUCCACGACGUUAGCGUAUAGAAUAAAUCAACAAUAAUGUUCAACCACCACUCUAAUAAGUAACAAAUGAAAUAGAAGAUAAAAUAAUUUCUCUAGAGAUCUUUCACGUCCACGCCACACUUUUUGCGAACAACGAAUUCCAUUUGAUUUUGCAUGACUGGCAAAUUUUAUUAAACAAACAAAUCGUUUCGUUUUAUUAUUUUCCUCGAUACGUGUUGGGCACAUAUCGCGCAGAAAACGUGUUACAAUUUACUCAAAUUAAAGUCACUUUUGCUUUUCUAAGUAAAAUAUUGUUUUUUUUUUAUUACAAUGAAAUGAUAUAACAUCUUGUAGAGUUUUAUUAAUUUUUGUAGCGUGAACUAAAAACUUUUUUACUAUAUUUGACAGAUUAUUAAUUUUAAGCUGGUACAUAGAAAGUGUGGAUAACUCAUAAAAAGGGGUAAACGUUAAACGUUUCUUAAGUUACGAAUAUCUUGUAUUUUAAGAAAAGAAAAAGCAUUAAAAUAACGCCGGUGAUGUUCUAUUUACACUAAUCUUUCUAGAACUCAUAUUUAUCGGUUUGUUUUUGUUGAAAAAACAUUAUACAACUAUAGUGAAGUAAAUCAAGUUAAAACUCGCCGUUGUCGGCAUAUCGUUUUGUAAAGUAUUUUUAACAAAUAACACUUUAAUCACAACAUUUUGAAAACAAAAACUUGCCAUUUGAAAAUCACGACCCGUCAUAUUUAUCAUAAUAUUCUUUUUGACAAAAAAACCAACAGACCAUAAAAUCUUACGGUGAUAGAUAGAAAAACGAUGUUUGACCUUUAUUCGACGUGGAAAUAAAAUGAAAAAUGUAUACAACAGGUAUAUUCGCAAAACUUUUAAUGGCUAAAACGUGAACGUUAAAUCAAACCGAACAUUGCAUUAGAGAAGAUGGCAAACUUACUCCACAAGACUCCACCAAAUUGCAAAUGCCGCGUAAAUAAAUUAAGGGACAACAAAAAGUUCACCAGAUCCGUCUUAUUUAAAGUUACAAAAAUUUACCAGUUACACGCACUAUUCAGUUACUGUGUUUGUUUGCUAAAAGUCUACCCAAAGCAAACACCGCUCCUAUCGAUUUGCAUAGCCUCGUGCUAUUCAAAUGUUAAGACUCGUCAUACCCUCAGUCAUUUCUAUGAUAUUAUCAUACUAUUGAAUAGGUUUUAGAAAAUCUCUACGCCAAUAUAUAAGGUGUUUUUAUUUCUAUGGACCCUUGGAGAAUACAGAUAUGGAGCAUAUUAUCAUCUAGUUGGGUAUUUAUGCGAAUUACAUCGAAUCUAAAAGUAAUAACAAACGCAUACAAAAACAGUUUUCCUCAUUAUGUAACUCACAUAAAAUGUUCCGACCGAAUUGAAGUAUUACAGUUCUUGUACAUAUUAUUAUUUUAUUAAUUACGAAAAUGUAUCUUUAAUAAUAAAAUACCACUUUAACGUAAAUCAUAAAACAAAUAAAAACAUCAAUACGUUUUGAACUCGUUGCUUAUAGAUUUUUUUAGAGAAAAGCAACGAUGUUUUUGGUUGCUUUGUGUUCCAUAAAUAUGAAAAAAAAAUAUCCUUUUUAUUAUGUAAGAGAUUUAAUAUUUAAUAAAAUCAGCUACUCGAUUUUCCAUUAGAUUUUGAAUUAAAUAUAUAUAUAUAUAUCGAUCACUCGCAUGUUAUUAAAAAAAAUCCGGGGCCAACCAUAUUGAUUAUAUGAAAACAUUAUAUUGGGUGAAACUAUUUUUUAAUCAUGCCAAAGUAUCUUGAUUAUGACUCAAGAACUGUAAUAACGACCAAACCAAUAGGUACUUUUUAUAGAACUACCUCAAAAAUCGGUUUUAGGCGGCUAUACACGGUUAUAGUAUUAUUAAAGUGUUAAUAAGUUUUUACGGAAAUUGUUAACUAUUUUAUGGUAUUAAAUACGUAAUACUUAACUUAUUAUUAUUAUUAUUUUUUUUUUUUUACAAUCGGUUUAGUUUAUUUUUAUUUUAUUUUUAUACUGUUCAUUUGUUUUAGAAUCUUAAAAUUUUGUGUUUUUAAUUAUAAAAGGUUUGACGUUGAUAAAUAUAAUGUUGUACAAUAUUGUAAGUUAUAUGUAAUUUGUUCUUGUAGAAUAAACGU